CCCACCCCUUUCCUCUUUCUCUUUGGAUCCGGUGGUGGUGUGUUGGAUCUGCGAUCAUGGCAAAAAUCAAGGCCAGGGAUCUUCGAGGGAAGAAGAAGGAGGAGCUACUCAAACAAUUGGAUGACUUAAAAGUGGAACUUUCCCAAUUGAGAGUGGCCAAGGUUACUGGAGGAGCUGCAUCCAAGCUAUCUAAGAUCCGAGUGGUCCGGAAAUCUAUUGCCCGAGUCCUGACUGUCAUCAACCAGACACAGAAAGAGAACCUCAGGAAAUUCUAUAAGGGCAAGAAAUACAAGCCUCUGGACCUUCGGCCCAAGAAGACCCGUGCCAUGCGCCGCAGGCUAAAUAAGCAUGAGGAAAGCCUGAAGACCAAAAAACAGCAGAGGAAGGAACGCCUGUACCCUCUUCGGAAAUUUGCUGUUAAAGCCUAAUUUGUUAAGGUUCUCAAUAAAAAGACAAAUUCUUAUAA